GAGGGAAGGGAUUUUAGGACCCAGCGGUUGCUGACGGGUAGGUGAGUGGGAGGAGUCAAGCGUUGAUUGACAUAGAGGCUCGGCGAGCGAGUAAUCUGGCAAACUGACCACACUAAACUAGCUAGUCACGGUAGCUCCCAAGGAAGAAAAACCCCAAAAAAACAGAAAAGAAUAGAAUUCCGGUUCAAUUCGUAAACGAUUCCGUAGCGAAUGUAUAAGAAGCAGUCGGAAGGCGAUCUCCGUUACCGAUGCCCGCUCAACGGUAGUUGAUAAUGCUGAAGAUGAGGCUGCCAGCGGCGGAGGGAGACAACGACGCGGCCGAAGGCGAGCGACGGGAAAACAACAACGGCGAGCGCGGCUUCCUCCCCUUUAACCCCGCGCUGGAGGACGAGGCGGGCCGCGGACCUGCGCACGCUCCCCGGCAGCUCGACAAGGAGGCGGUGUUCGAGUGGUUCGGCUUGCGGCUCAGCCCGGCCAAGCGCGUGGAGUUCAUGUGCGGUCUGCUCCACAUGUGCCAGCCGCUCGAGCUGCGCUUCCUGGGCUCGUGUCUCGAGGACCUGGCGCGGAAGGACUUCCACAUCCUGCGCGACGUCGAGGCUCGCGCCAACAGCCCCGCCGACCUGCGACUCCUCACCGACGUCGCCGACCCGGUCGUGCUCUCGCGCCUGCUCGUCUGCCUCUCCCUGCUCGGGUCUAAGAACCGGGAGUGCGCGGGGAUCCUUUACAGCACGCUGAGCCGGAUCGACGUGCUGCACCCGAGGAACUGCUGCGGGGUCGGCUUGAAUUUACCGGAACCGGAACCGGGACCGGCUCCACUGGAGCAGCUGGCAUUGCUCUUCGCCAUGGCCUCGCUGCACCCGGCGUUCACUUUCCACCAGAGGGAGGUGGUGCGGACGCAGCUGGAGCGAGUGGAAGCGUUAUUGGAGGAGAGGAGCCUGAGCCACUGCGCCUGCGCAGCUCCAACACUGCAGAGCCAGUUUUCCCGGCCGGAUGAGCUGUGUCCACACCCUGAGGGGAGCAGAACAUGGCCGUCAUGUCCGAUCCAGCACCUCAGCAGCAUGCCUCCGAGCCAAGUGGUGCACAUUGAGAAGAUCAAACUGAAGGAGAUCUCCCUGGCAGGAGACAGCAGAGAGUACAGCUUCGAGGUUAAAUGGUCCGACUCGUCGUCUACGGCUGUGACCAAAAGUCAUCGUGAACUACAGGACUUUCUUUUGAAGCUGUGUAAGGAACAGAGUGCGGGAGGGUUCGAGCAGGAUGUUAUCGGAUUACUGAGUCGGGCCGAGGGCGAGCACAGAGAGCUGGAGAGAAUGCUCAGGGCGAGGUUUGCGUCCGUGCCACGGGAGUUCCUACAGAUGUGCCAGGCCUCGGGGUUUUUCCUGCCCGAAGCGUCUUCCCUACACUGCAGUCACAGUAACAGUGCACCUGGAGCCAGAACCCGACAGCCGGCACCUCGCUUCUCAGAGGACUGCUCAGAGACUUCCAGCCUCGAUGAGGACCUUGACGCGUAUGGGGUCUCCCGCUCGAGAACACACAACGCUGGAAACACGAGCCAUGGUAAGCAGCACAUGGACAGCGCUCAGUGGGAGUGCAGCAGGAGGAGUACACACGGCGAACCCUACGGGGAGGUGACGGGGAGGAGGCGCAGCUCCCAGCCUUGUGGGACAGAACCAGAGCAGGAGAGUGAGGAGAGGAAGAUCAAAGUGAGACCAGCAGGCAAAAGGGACAGAGGCAGGAGAGGCCCAGUGGGGAAAAACUCUGUAGCCAAUGGGAUUCAGAGAGUUCCUGCAGUCCAGCUGAUGAAUCAGGGAAUGUGUAAGGCUUCAGGCAGGGACACCUACGGAGACACGUCUUCAGAGAGCUCCAACUCAGUGCCGUCGAGCCCCGUCCACCAUCAGCGCAGCCUGGAAACACAAGACACAGAGAGUCAGUCGGAUAACUCCGUCCCAGAGCCAGCUGAUGCACCGCGCCGCCCCCACGGGCAGGGCACAGUCAGGAAGGCGGUUGCCAUGGUGAACCCGCUGGUGGCGGAACCGGAGCAUGCGGGUGCAGAUGUACCGUCGCACCCCUCAGCUGUGGUGGAACUGGCGCUGACCUCGUGCCUCCCCUACGCCCUGCAGUACAGCACCGCCCACAGAGACGCAGGCAAACCCGGGGAGAGCAAACUCACCAUCACAAUCCCUCUGGGCAAACAGGAUACGAGGUCCAGCAUGGCCAUCCCCGGAGACCCCGCCCAGUGCCCACUGCCGCCCGCCUUCCCUGAGCCAGCUCAGCCUCAGGCUCCGCCCAGCAGCAUUGCUGCUCCGGGGAAACCAUGUGCCAAGGCCAGUGGGCAGCCACAGAGCCCUCACACGCCCUCCGGUUUAGUCCAGUGUCCUCUCGCUGGCACCAUGCCCGCUCAGAUACCCAGCUCUGCGCCUCUACCGCCCCCCGCUAGCAUGCCCACCCCGAGCGAGAACGCGCCAUACAUCAAUAACACUGCACAGUCACAACCCACAGGCUGCAACGCCUGCGGUUGCCGUGGUACCUGCGGAGGCAGUGGAGCCCACCAGUCUCCCACCACUUUCUUCCUGCCGGCGCAUCCCAACCGCCAGAUGUUCGGCCCACCCGCCCCGUUCUUCCAGCUGGCACCAUCGCUGUGCAGCACCACCUUCCCUACACAGGGCCAUCAAGGGAACGGGACGCCGCUGCCCUUCUACGCCCACACGUCUCCAAGUGCCGCCUUCGCCGGCAGCGCGCUCCUGCACGCCCACUCGGACCACCUGAUGCCCGCACAGCCCGGCUACGCCACCCUGCCCCAGGUCACACCGUUCGGACGCUUCUACCCACCCGUCUUCCCUCCCGUGGGUGCCAUGCCCGGCGCUGCAGGAAUAAAGAAGAGCGGCACCGUGUCCUGCUAUAACUGCGGCAUGAGCGGCCACUACGCGCAGGACUGCAAGCAGCCGUCCAUGGACGCCGGGCAGCCAGGUGGCUUCCGGCUUAAGUAUGUCGCCCCACAUUCGUCGGAGACACUAGACAAAGCUGAUUGACAGCGAGCCGAGGACCAAGGAGACGCUCUGUCUCAGUUUCUAUAUUAAACACACCAGAGCUCGUGUGUUAAAGCGAUGGGAUUUGUGUGUUAUUUGUAUUAGCCACCUUUAUAAGCUUAAGUCCUGGUUUUGUGAGACUGUGGGGACGAACCUGCUCUAAAACACGACUACACCUACAUGACCUUUCUGUCCCCUGUGAAGGUUCAGUCAUUAAUGGCAUCAAAGGCCACAGUUUUGUUCAGGACAUUGUAACAGGUUUAGAUUUUGAGCAAUGCUUCCAUAUUUUCAUUUAGCGUUCAUAUGUACACUGAAGUUCUCACAUUUGAGCUGAAAGAGGAGAGAGGAGUCGCUUAAACUUGAGUACUUAACGGCCUCGGUUUUUUUGAAAUGGACGUUUUAUUAUAGAGGCCCGAGGAAGGCUUUGAGAAUCUUUUAUACUUGCAGCUAAAAAGAGAUAAGAAGUUUAUUUACUGUUUAUUUGGAAAGAGUUGAUUUUUUUUUUAUAUAGUCAUUAAAAGGAAAAGAAUUUUGUUAACACUACAUACUCUUCAAUGUGAGUGUUCUGAAUGUAAAAUGCAUAACUAAAGUCAGACGUCGUACUGUGAAAAAGUUCUCACGCCGUCACGUGCUCUGCUACCACCGUUUGGACAUUAUGCACUAAUAGUAUUGUUUUCCAGAAGCCUGCGUGUGUGUGUGCGCGCGUAUAUGCGUAUAUGCACGCCAGGUAUCAAAGUGCACUGAUAUUUACAGCAUAAGAGUCGCUGCCGUUAAUUCAGAGCUGCGUUUGUCCAGCAGGAGGCGCCUCUGUGACCGAUGCAUGACGCAUGCGUUUUUAUGCUGAACUUCACACACACUUUAUCAGCAGCAGCACAAAGCGAGCGCACGUCCCGCAGUAACAUAGAUAGCCCUCGCUGCAGAAGAGUUGUGGGUGGAGUUGGACCUGAUCCAAUGCUGUAACAUUAGCCCACAAUCUGACCUACAAUUCACUCAUCUAACCAGAACCACACUGGGCUGUCUCCACCCCCUGGACUUUUGGUUUGAUUCCACCCAGGUGGGAGGAGUAGGACCAGGUCCGACUCCACCGCCUGGAGUUUUGGUUCAAAUGUGCCCAGGUGUGAGGAGCCGGAUCAGGUCCGACUCCACCCCCCUGGUGGAGUUCUGCAGUGAGGGUUACUUGCCCGCAGCCGGACCACGCCACCGUUCUUGCACUCACAUUCUGAUUUCAAACAAGGUCUUUUGUGUGCGUCGCCUCUUUCAAGCCUUAUGAAUAGAAACACGACAAAGACUCUGUUGAGGACGUUGUGGCUACAGAGAGCGAGGAAAGAUCACGUCUCACGAUGGAGAUUUAUUUUUGACUUUUUGAGGAUGUCAAAACGAUCCUGCCUGCUUAUUAAAUCCUUAUUUUCUAAUUAUUAGGUGGCAUAUGCAUAUAUAUAUAUAUUUGUGCCGAUUGCCACAAGAUGUUUUGAUUUCAAAAGUCUUAGUUUGUGUAAGUUGUGUAACUAUUCAGUUUCGAGGUUGUGAUCAUUUCUUUAAAAAAAAGAAAAAAAAGAAAAAAAAGCAUAUCUUAAAUUGCCAAAGCCACAGAAAUAAUUUUUUUCUAUGAAGAGAUUUGGCUUGUUUUUGUACUGAUUAAUAGAGUCAGGAUGUCAUUUUGAUGUUCAGCAGAACCAGACUGAGAACCUGAGGCCUUUAAAUUGUUGCAGAUUGGCAGAUGUUUGGCCGGUUGGUUUCAUUUUUAUGCCAGGCAUUGCCUUUAUCAACCGUUAUUAUUAUUAUUAUUAUUAUUAUGUUUGCAUGUUCUGAGAUGUUAAGUUUGAGUCUGGAAGACGAACCCAGGAACCUGCCAACUGUAUUAGUCAAAACUUUUAGAGGUGUAAAAGGUUUACGACGCUGUACUGUAUAAAAGAGUUUUGUUUUUAUUUAGGCCUCGGAGAUUGUUUAUUGUAUUUCAUAUGUAAAUGUUGAUUAACAUGGAGGUCACAAUUUAUCUCUGAUCGUAUUUGCAUUUUAAGCAAAUGGAGCAUUUUCUCUGUUGAAUUAUUAGCAAUAAAUGUUGGAGAAAAAAAAAACUCAGGAGAUGUCUUGCUGUGUGUUACACUGGGCAGCCACUAGGGGGCAGAAUUUAACCAC